UCGAUCAGUACACGUCGGACCGUGGCACGGUUGAGUCGCAUCUUCUGUUCGUCGCGUGAAUUAUUCAAAAUCGACGUUCCGCGAUUGUCGAUGGUGCUACACGUGUACCCGCAUAACCUGCCGCAAAUGUUGUUUCCAAUUGUAUUUUCGUGAGUGCCUUUCCCAUGUGCCUUUCUCGGAUACGAAGUGUUUAAUUGGAUACAAAGGAGUAACCGAAAAGCCGAAUUCAUUGUAAUGGUUUAUCAUUGGCAGAGUCAAAAUGUCAAACUUUCAGGAGUGGAUGAUAUGGUUUUGCUCCCGAAAAUUACGGAAGAGACUAUUACUGAAAAUCUUCGGAAGAGAUAUAUGGAUGACUACAUAUUUACAUGCAUCGGCCCCGUACUAGUAUCGAUCAACCCCUUCAAGCAGAUGCCAUAUUUCGGAGAGAAGGAGAUAGAAAUUUAUCAAGGAGCGGCCCCGUAUGAGAAUCCACCACACAUCUAUGGACUUGCGGAUGACAUGUACAGAAAUAUGUUAAUUGAUUAUGAAAGCCAGUGUGUUAUCAUUAGUGGUGAAUCUGGUGCUGGAAAAACUGUAGCUGCGAAAUAUAUAAUGUCGUACGUCGCAAGGGUCAGCGGUGGUGGUAAGCGUGUCCAGAAAGUGAAAGAUGUAAUUCUGGAGUCCAAUCCCCUUUUGGAAGCUUUUGGAAAUGCAAAAACCGUUCGGAAUAAUAAUAGCAGCAGAUUUGGUAAAUACGUACAAAUGCAGUUUGAUCGUGGUGGUCAACCAAGUGGAGGAAAAGUUUCAAACUUCCUCUUAGAGAAGUCGAGGGUUACUUCUCAUAACUGCGACGAAAGAAACUUCCAUGUGUUCUAUCAACUAAUCACGGGUGCAAACCAACAAAUGAAAUCCGAGUUUGGAUUAACGGACCUUAAUUAUUAUCAAUAUCUCCACUAUGGUCAAAACCACAGAGUUGAGGGCAUCAAUGACGCUCACGAAUUUCAAGAAACAUUAAAAGCAUUAAGCGUGAUGGGAAUAAGCGACACGGAGACAACUAAUAUUUGUAGAAUAGUUGCUGGAAUACUUCACAUAGGAAAUAUUGAAUUUGCUGAGCACGAAAAUUAUUCACAAAUCAGUGAUAAAAACACUCUCGAUUAUCCAGCUUAUUUACUUGAAAUCUCCGCAGACCAACUAGCCCAUAAAUUAAUAUCACGCGAGUUUGAAUCGAAAUGGGGUGGUCAAUCUGAAAGUGUCGAUGUCACGCUAAAUGUGGAACAAGCUCUUUAUACUCGAGAUGCUUUGGCGAAAGAUAUCUAUUCCAGGCUCUUCGAUUAUUUGGUCAAAAAAGUUAAUUGCGCUAUGGAGACUACUGCAGAUAGUCUCGAGAUUGGAAUUUUGGAUAUCUACGGAUUUGAAAUCUUCGAGAAGAAUGGAUUUGAACAGUUCUGCAUCAAUUUUGCCAAUGAAAAAUUACAACAGAUCUUUAUAGAACUUACACUGAAGGCUGAACAGGAGGAAUACGUAUCGGAAAAUAUAAAAUGGACCCCGAUAGAGUACUUCAAUAAUGCUGUCGUCGUCGAACUUCUCGAAGGGAAACGUCCACCAGGCCUUUUCCUGUUACUCGAUGAUGUGUGUGCCACUCUUCACGGUGGCGGUACUGGAGCGGAUGCAGAUUUGCAAAAAAAACUUACAGUUGCAGCUGGUAAACAUAAACACUUUCAAAGCACAACCGAUGGAUUUGCCAUUUCUCAUUAUGCUGGAAUGGUUUCUUAUUCAGUUGAUGGAUUCUGUGAUAAAAAUAGGGAUGUACUUUUCCUAGAUCUCGUGGAGUUAAUGCAGACAAGUACAAAUCCUUUGGUUCGUAUGCUGUACCCACAAGAAGCUCAAGCUCAGAAAACAAAGACACUUAAAUCUAGACCUACCACUGCUGGUAACAAAAUACGAAAUCAAGCCAGUGAACUAGUCAAACAAUUAAUGAAAUGCACUCCGCAUUACAUUAGGUGCAUUAAACCAAAUGAAACAAAGAAACCUCGCGACUGGGAUUCGGUUAGAGUAAAACAUCAGGUGGAAUAUUUGGGCUUAAAGGAGAAUAUCAAAGUACGUAGAGCUGGGUUUGCAUACAGGACAGCAUUCUCGAAAUUUCUGCACAGAUUCGCAAUUCUCACAAAAGAAACGUGGCCAUAUUGGUCUGGAGACGAGAAAGAGGGUGUGAAGUGGUUAUUAGCUAGCCUUCACGUUGAUCAGUCGCAGUAUCAACUUGGAAAAACAAAGUUAUUCUUAAAAGAUCCUGAAAGUCUUUUCAUGUUGGAGGAAGCAAGAGACCGCAAAUAUAACAUGUACGCCAGGGUGAUUCAAAAAGCAUUUAAAAAAUAUUUCGCUCGAAAGAGGCAAGAUCAGCAAAAACAAGAAGCAGCUGAUUUACUGUUUGGCCAUAAAGAACGUAAACGAGCAAGUUUGAAUAGAAAGUUUAUGGGAGAUUACAUUGGAUUAGAAGGGAAACCACAAACGAUGAAUUUAAUUGGAAGAAGAGAAAAAGUUUGUUUUAGCGACGUAGUAAAAAAAUAUGACAGAAGAUUCAAGGUGAGUAGAAGGGACCUUAUUCUAACUAAUAAACAUUUAUACCUAAUCGGUCGAGAACGAAUAAAGAAAGGUACAGAGAAAGGAAAGUUAGUAGAAGUUAUAAAACGGAAACUUACAUUCAAUCAAAUCAGUCAUGUGUCACUAAGUACUCUUCAAGAUGAUUUUUUUAUUGUUCACACAAAAGAAGAUUACGCCAGUUUAUUGGAAUCGCUAUUUAAGACGGAAUUUUUAAUUGUUCUUAGUAAAAGAUAUGUCGAAGAAACUGGACACAUUUUGAACAUAAAAUUUAGUAAUAAUUUAGAAUUUAAAGUAAAAAAGGAAGGUUGGGGAGGUGGGGGAUUGAGGCAAGUAAUACUAACGCAAAUGGAUCAAGAAAAUGGCGAUAAAGAGAUUUUGAAACCAAGUGGAAAAGUUUUGAAUGUCUUUAUUGGACCAGGUUUGCCAUCCACCACAAAACCAAGUUCUAAUAGAACACCAAUGGUACCGAUGAGUCCGCAGUAUUGUAUAUCGAAACGGGCUGCACCAGUUUUGCAACCUGCACCACGAUCAGCUGUGAAUAGGCCAACCCGGCCAGCUCCACGUACAAACUUCGAACAAAAUCAGGGUUUACCAACUGAAAGGCCUCCUUUGCAAUUACCUAAAACUUCAAAGCCACCGCGACUUAAUCGUACGAGUAUUCCACCAAUGCAAGUACAAGAAAAGAGUCAUGGAAUGAAACAACCAAAUAAAAUACAGAAUAAUUUACCUCUAAUGGGCAUGUUUACUAAUCCCAACGGAAAAGCACGAGGUUUACUGAGGUUUCCCCCACCACCGACUGAAUCACCACCACCUAACACGCCAGCUAUAUCAUCAAGAUUUAAACUUCCAUCAAUCAACAGGAACGAGCAGACAAACAACAAUAGCGUAGGCUGCAAUAAGGAAAUACAAACAGUUCAAGAGUACAAUACUAAAUCAGUAUUAGAGAAGACUAACAGACAACUCGCAUCUAAUGUUGUUUUACAUAAUAAAAAACCUCCACCUCCACAAAAACCUUUCAUUCCUAAAUUACCUAAAGCUAAAGUUUUGUACGACUACACUCCGCAGGAUCUCGAUGAACUAGAGCUCAAAACAGACGACAUUCUUGAAAUACUCAAAGAACACGAAGGUGGUUGGUGGCAGGGAAGAUUGAAAGGGAAAACGGGACUCUUUCCAUCGAAUUAUAUUGAAAAAAUAUGAAAUAAUAAAAUCGUGUAUUCCACACUUAGGAAACAAACCAUGAUUUUAAUCGAAUGAAAAAUUUCU